AUGGCUGACAAGAGUUUUAUAUUGGGGAUGGAUAUUGGAACGACUUCAGUAAAAGUUUGUGUCUACGACCCAAAAACAAAAGAAAUUGUUGCUAAACAAAAUAAGGAUACAGCGGCAAACAUACCGAGCGAUCAGGGUAUAGAAGGUAACAAACAAGAUGUGCCAAAAAUAGUAUCAGCUAUUCAUUACUGCAUCUCCCGUCUUCCGAGAGAUGUACUGCGAAGUGUCACAAAAAUUGGAGUGUGCGGACAAAUGCAUGGAGUCUUGUUAUGGAAGAAAGGCGCCUGGGAAAAAGUCGAAAAAGAUGGAGUUGUGAUGCGGUUUGAAGCAACCAGAGAAAACAUGUCAGCACUGUAUACUUGGCAGGAUACAAGGUGUAAACCUGAAUUUUUGGAAUCAUUGCCUAAACCUGAUUCCCGUCUAAAUUGCUACUCCGGAUACGGAUGUGCAACUCUCUUAUGGAUGCUUAAACACAAGCCUGAAAAGCUGAAAAACUUUCAAUAUUCUGGAACAGUUCAAGAUUUUGUGGUUACUAUGCUUUGCGAUUUAGACGUACCAGUAAUGUCUGAUCAAAAUGCUGCCAGUUGGGGAUAUUUUAACACUGAAAAGAACGAAUGGAACAUUGAUAUUCUAAAAUCAGUCGAAUUUCCAGUGGGGCUUCUACCUAAAAUCAGUAGAAGUGGGGAAAUUGCAGGAAAAUUGAAUGCCGCUUGGAAUGGCAUUCCCGAGGGAACACCUGUAAGUGUUGCUAUGGGUGACUUACAGUGCUCUAUUAUUGCAACUCUUGAAACCAGAGAUGAUGCAGUACUAAACAUAUCAACGUCUGCUCAGUUAGCAUUCGUGGUAGAUAACGUAUCAGAUUUAGGCUGUAAAACAGUCGAGCACUUGCCUUAUUUUAAUAACACGCACUUAGUUGUAGCUGCAUCUCUAAAUGGAGGCAAUGUUUUAGCUACUUUCGUGAAAAUGCUUCAACAAUGGAUGCUUGAGCUAGGUUUUCCUACUCCUCAGUCUAAGGUAUGGGAAAAACUAAUUGCUUUGGGUUUGGAAGCUAAAACAUCGAAUAUGCAAAUAAUUCCACAUUUGUUAGGAGAAAGACAUGCACCGACUGCAAAAGCUUCAGUGGAAAAUAUCGAUCUUUCUAACAUCCAACUGGGUAGCGUGUUUAAAUCUCUAUGUGAUAGCCUUAUACAAAAUUUACAUCACAUGAUGCCUAAAGAAAUAUUGCGAAACGCCAAUGUUAAACGAAUUGUUGGAAAUGGUUCUGGUUUAUCUAGAAAUGCUGUAUUGCAGAGAGCUGUUGAGCACUAUUACAGCUUGCCACUAGAAUUUACUUCAGGGGGUGAUGCAGCGAAAGGGGCUGCUAUCGCAAUAAUAUAG